UGUGUUACACCACAGCAAAGGGUCAAGAAAGAGAAGGAAGAGAGGACAAAGAGAGAGAAGCGAAGGGAGAGAAAGAGGGAGGUCAGAGAGGUAUAGAGAGCAGGAGGAGAUUGGAGGGAGUUUUUGAGAAAGAGAGGGGGUAUGACUGAGGUUGCAGAAGGAGUGUGUUUGUUGGUUUGCUACCAGACAGGGGAUGAAUGCAGGGAGCGGAUCAGUAAGGUUUCUGAAUGGAAACCGUUGGUUUGCAGGUUCUAGAGAGGAGGUCACCCAUGAACAACAACCAUGGAGGGGAACAUGAUUACAACAGCGGGGACCGGAACCGGAGCUGACUCUGUAACCAUGGUAACAGGUCCCACUGGCACCCCGGAUCUCCAGGUUCUGACCCACAGAGUGAAGCUUCUAGAGCACAGCCUGAGAGACAACGUCAGCUCCUUCACUGAGUCUGAGAGCGCUCUGCACAACAGGAUUAGAGAGUUGGAGGUGUCAGAACAGAGCCUGCUACAGAAGGUGGAGGACCUUACUGCCAACUCAGUCCUCCACUGCCCCAGCAUGCUGCAGCGCCAGAGGCUGGACGAGCGGCUCCACACGCUGAGGGAGGAGGUACGCUCCAUGUCCCAGGAGAAGGAGCGUGGGGAUCGUGUGUGGAGGGAGAGGCUGCGGCGCUGCCAGGCCCAGCUCAGGGCUAAAGAAGAGGAGAUGGGCCGCCAGUCUCAGUACUUUGAGCACUUUAAGAGCCAGCUGCACCACAAGCUAGACCUGGCCAGAGACAGGGAGCAGGGCCUGCAGACCAGACUCCACCAGCUGGAGCGACAGGUGCUGGAGAUGAACGUAUCUGCUGCCACCUACAUAGUCCCUGUCAACACAGCUAGCACCAACUCCGUUACUGCAGCCAAUGUCAAUCCCAUCAUAGUACCAACCUCAGGCCAACAGAGAACAGAGACAGAGAGACUGCCCCACCCAAGGGAGGAAGGAGAAGGAGAGGAGGAGGACGGUGAGGAGAAGACACAGCGGAGACACUACGGACAACAGCUCCAGCAGAAGCAGGGAGCGGAUGAUAGAGAAAUAGAGGGAGAAAGAGAGGGGGAGGAAGAGGGUGAGAGUCUGGGGGGUGAGGCUAGACUGAGAAGCUUCAUCCUCAGCCUCCAGGAGGACCUCCGGGGUCUGCUGGAGAGGGAGGAGCAGGAGCUGGCGGAGCAGAGGGGGCUGAUGGAACAGCUGCAGGAAGCGCAGGAGAACAACCACUUCUUGUCCUGUACGUUGGAGGAGAUGAGGACGGUGGUCCACAGACUGAAGCUGACAGAGAGCUCCCUGAUGGAGGAGGUGGAGGAGCUGCAAGAGGAGAACCAGAGACUGUGUCAGAGGCUCAGCCACACCCUGAGACAGACCAACCACAGCCUGGGUUCUACUGACCCCAGCCCUGUCUCUACCCCCAGCCUGGCUACCUCCCUGACAAACGCCCCUGGCCUGAGUCAACCAGUUCCCUGCUCUGUGGACAACACUGACCCGGUGAAGAUGAUCCCAGGCCAGUCUUCACUAGACACACCUCCCUCUGCUCAUCACCAUGGAGCAACAGAGAGGUCACAGGAAAACUCCACUCUGCCUCUGCCCCAGCCGGACCUCCUGAACCUCUCAGGCCACCGUAGCCAGAACCCCUGCCUCAUAUCCCUGGGUACUAAGAGCAUUGAGGGUCUGGGGGAGUUGACCCUGAGGGACUGGUGUCCUGGUCCUGGGGGCGUCCCCUCUCUAAACCUGGAGGAGGGGACAAGCGAGGAGACUGAGGCCCUGAGAGAGGCUUACAGGAGCAUGGGGGGCGACAUGGACUCACUCCGGGACCACAGGGACCAGCUGGAGAGCACGCUACGACACACACAGGACCAGCUGCACAGGGUGACCGAGGAGAACGCCCAACUGAAAUGUAAACUCAGGGCGCAGGGAGAAACAGGGGCCUGCGAGGUGGAGCAGGGGUCCUCGCUUGUAGGCGAGAGCAUGACAAAUGUCCAGGAAAACAAGGUGCCAACUCCAAACCUAAUACCCCAGGGGAGCAGAGAGCUCACUGCAACUCCAUAUCAGAAUGAUACUAUCCUAGCCUUAGCCCAGGAUGACCUGUCCCUGUAUGCCUUAGCCCAGGAUGACCUAGCCCUAGCCUUGAACCAGGAGAACCGGGCCCUGGGCAGGCGUAUCCAGGAGCUCCUAGCCCACAUAGAGCGCCAGGAGGGGGAGAGUGAGAGGGAGCUAGUCCAGCUCAGGCUACAGGUGUCCCUGCUAGAGAGGGAGAGCACCAGGCUGGAGCAGGAGAACCAGGAGCAGGGAGGUCUCAUCACUGAGCUGACCAGGAAGACUGAGGAUGACCUCAACACUAUCAUAGAGCUGCAGGAAAGACGGGUCGAGAGCAGUCAGCUAGGCCUACAGCAGGAGGACCGUUUGACCACGGAGUCAACGUGCAGGCUUAGAGAGAACAGGGACGAGCUGAUUGGCUAUCUCAGUGAUCUCAAAGAGGAAAGAGAACAGGUGUCCCUCUCACUUAGCAGUCAAACAGAGGAGAAACACCAGCUAACGCGCUCCAUGUGGGUUCUGAAAGAAGAACGCGACCAGAUCCAUAAGUCACUCUGCAGUUUAAAAGAAGAGAAAGAACAGCUGACAAGGUCCCUCUGUGGUCUGAAAGAUGAGAGAGACAAGGUGAUGCGGUCAAUGUGUGGUUUAAAAGAGGGGAGAGAUCAGCUAGUUCAGUCAAUGUCUGGACUCCAGGAGGAGAGACACCAGCCAGUUCAGUCAAUGUCUGGACUCCAGGAGGAGAGAGACCAGCUAGUUCAGUCAAUGUCUGGACUCCAGGAGGAGAGACACCAGCCAGUUCAGUCAAUGUCUGGACUCCAGGAGGAGAGAGACCAGCCAGUUCAGUCAAUGUCUGGACUCCAGGAGGAGAGAGACCAGCUAGUUCAGUCAAUGUCUGGACUCCAGGAGGAGAGAGACCAGCUAGUUCAGUCAAUGUCUGGACUCCAGGAGGAGAGAGACCAGCUAGUUCAGUCAAUGUCUGGACUCCAGGAGGAGAGAGACCAGCUAGUUCAGUCAGUGACUGGACUCCAGGAGGAGAGAGACCAGCUAGUUCAGUCAAUGUCUGGACUCCAGGAGGAGAGAGACCAGCUAGUUCAGUCAAUGUCUGGACUCCAGGAGGAGAGAGACCAGCCAGUUCAGUCAAUGUCUGGACUCCAGGAGGAGAGAGACCAGCCAGUUCAGUCAAUGUCUGGACUCCAGGAGGAGAAGGACCAGCUAGUUCAGUCAAUGUCUGGACUCCAGGAGGAGAGAGACCAGCUAGUUCAGUCAAUGUCUGGACUCCAGGAGGAGAGAGACCAGCUAGUUCAGUCAAUGUCUGGACUCCAGGAGGAGAGAGACCAGCUAGUUCAGUCAGUGACUGGACUCCAGGAGGAGAGAGACCAGCUAGUUCAGUCAAUGUCUGGACUCCAGGAGGAGAGAGACCAGCUAGUUCAGUCAGUGACUGGACUCCAGGAGGAGAGAGACCAGCUAGUUCAGUCAAUGUCUGGACUCCAGGAGGAGAGAGACCAGCUAGUUCAGUCAAUGUCUGGACUCCAGGAGGAGAGAGACCAGCUAGUUCAGUCAAUGUCUAGACUCCAGGAGGAGAGAGACAAGCUCUUGCAGUCUCUCUUCAGCCAAAAAGAUGAGAGAGACCAGUUGAUGCAGUCAAUGUGUGGUUUAAAGGGACAGAGGGACCAGCUAACACAGACACUCAGCCGUCUAGAGCAGGAGAGAGACAAGCUGUCAUCUCUCAGUCUUCAAACACGAAAGAGGUACCAGGUGGACCAGUUUGUCUCUGAUCUAAAAGAAGAGAAGGAGCAGCUAGUUCAGUCAAUGGAUGUUCUGAGAGAACAGAGAGAACAGCUCACAGAGGAGAGAGACCAGUUGCAGAUGGACGUCGCUACUCUACGGAAUCAGCUGCUGUUACAGGGGCGGAGCCACAACCAGCAGCCCUCAGAGAACCAUGUUGGCAAGGCAACACGCACAGAGGUUGUGGCUACAGAGAGAGGGGGUCAGAUGCCAAAAACGCAUGAUGAUGGUGAUGUCACUCAUAGAUGCCUGGCCACGGUCUACUCCUACAAGACCAUCCGUCUGGCGCAGUCUGCACAGGACCAUUUGGGAGAGAAAGAGGGAACAGAUGUGGAGCAGAGUGGACUGAUGAGGGAGAUCGAGUCGCUGGGGUUAGAACUCAGAAGCUCACGAGAGGUACUGAAGAAGACCCAAUCAGAGGCUCAAAGGUGGUACCGUGAGCUGGGUGUGUCUGAGGUCAGACGAGAGGAGGCUGAGAAGAGGGCGGGAAAGGCAGCCAAUAAGGUGAAGAGGGCGGUACAGGCAGCAAAUGAGGUGAAGAGGGUGGUACAGGCAGCCAAUGAGGUGAAGAGGGCGGUACAGGCAGCAAAUGAGGUGAAGAGGGUGGUACAGGCAGCCAAUGAGGUGGGGAUGAGAGAGGAAACCAAAGAGGUGGAGGAGAUGAAGAGGGAAAACCACACACUGAGAGCAGAGUUGGGAGAGGUGAAGAGCAGACUAGUGGGUCUGGAGAGAGAGAAGACCGAUGCUCACUCACUAAGGAUCAAGAUCGAAGAGAAGUUCAGCUUGCUUCAGGCUGAACUCAAAGCCAAGAGUGUUGCUCUGAAGGAGCUGAGUUCAGAGUACACAUCUCUGAAGAGAGAGCAGGGCAGCAGAGAGGACUGGAGCAACACACUCACCUUACUGAGGGUGCGCUAUGAUGACAUCAGAGCUAAGUACAACGUUCUCCUGAGAAAGAGUCAGACGGACCAGGACAUAGCUCCUCUAAAGGCCAAGCUGUCAUGUCUGGUGGGGAAGUGCCAGCAGAGGAACAGUCUACUGGUGCAGUUGAUGCGAGCCCUGCGUCGGUAUGGCUGCCUGGACUACAAUCUGACCCAGGAGGCUGAGGACCUGCUUAACGACACAGCGCUGCAGGACUACGCCAGCACCUUCACACCCCCAUCCACUGCAGCUCUGCAGGAGAACACCCCCCUUCUCCCACCUGCAGCCUCAGAACGACCGGAGCGCUCACAGACCUCUGCUGCAGCCUCCACAGCACAGGAGCUGAGUAAAGCUGUGUCUGAAGGCAGUAGGAGGGAACACUUCAGAGUGUGUGUGGCCACAGCAGACUACUGCCCCUCUCCGAACAUGCCUCACACUCUACUGCCAAUGCUUCCCCUUUCUGCGGGUGAAUCAGUCCAAGUCACUGGACUCCCAGACAGACGUGGGAUGUACCAUGCCGAGGUGAAAGGGAAGUCUGGCCUGGUCCCUGCCCGUUUCUUAGAGGAGAAUGGGAGACCACUCAUCCUGACUUCCCCCUCGCCAGAGAGAUGUGCCAGUCUGACUAGGAAGCUGACCAGUCCAGGGAAGAUCAUCAACCUUCACCAGCAGUUGCAGAACACUCUCUCCAACAGCUACCAGGUUUUCCCUUCCAAGACCAGCCCCCAGGUUUACUCCAGUCCCCCUUCAGGACAGGGGUACUCCCCAGGAUACCCCAACCACAACCCUUCUGCCCCCAACCGACCCAAGCAUACCCUUGUAGCAACUACCCCUAUUAUUACUACUACUAGUCUCCUAUCUACCACUGCCCCCACUAAAACUACCAGUGAUGGUGCUACCUCUCCUAAGCAGACCCCAAACAGAGCACAUCCAACUACCAACCCUCCUGUCCACACCACCACCACCACUACUGCUCUUAGCAGUGGUAAAGAACCCCUCUCUAAAACUGUCUCUAUUGCUGCUACCUCCAAUGUUACAACCCCUGUUAAUACCCCUCCUACCGCUGUGGCCCAGACUGCUAAAGCACAAACUACCACUGCCUUGUGGAACACUGCCCCCACCAAAUCUGCCCCUUCAACUAUUACCGCUGGAACUACAGCCCCCACCAAAAUGGCCCCCAUCACUACUGCUCUUUCCCUUGCUGAGUUGUCACGACUGCCUGAUGAGGACCAUUGCAUCAAGAAGCCCCUCGCAAUCCUCCAACCUGAACAAGCUAAGCCAACCAAACCCAGAGCUAUACCAGAACCUCCAGCUGAGGUGGGCUCUGUUGAGGUCCUCAGGACUGUGGGACAGAGCAGCCUCAUGAUUGGUUGGGAGAGACCGCCACUGGAUGAGCUGGGCUGCAGCAACGGAACCUUUGUGUAUGGAUACAUGAUCUGUGUAGAAGGGGAGUUCCACAAGUCUGUCAUGAGCUCUGCAUGCACGAAGUGUAUUCUGGAGAAUCUGGAUCUGUCCGGUCCGGUCCACAUCAGUGUUCAGACCCUGGGCUCCAACGGUCUCUAUGCAGAGAAGGUCCUCCUCAUCUACAGGGGAAAACACACCCAGUUUAGGACAGACCACACCCGUGUCAACACAGCUUCUGCUGCUCCCUGCACAGACCCUGCCUACCUAGACUGCAGGACUCCGCCCACACACCGACACAGUGGCUCCACCCAACCAUUUGUGGCCAUCUACAACUACAACCCUCUGAAGGACAGUCCUAACCUCCACCCCAGCAGAGAGCUGGCCCUGAGAGAGGGAGACACCGUCAUACUGCUAGGCAACCCACGCAACGACGGCUUCUGUCAGGCCGAGGUGGGCCAAUCAACAACAUCCAGGUGAAUGGCAGACGAGGUCUGGCUCCUGUGGCGUUACUAGAGGAAGUUCCUGUUCCAGACAGACAUGUAAGCCCCGCCCCUCCCCAAUCUUCUCCUGAGAGAGGACCAGAUGAUAGGCCACUGCGCCUGCCAAUCAGAGAGAGAACAAGAUGGGCCGCUGUGACUGUCAAUCAGUGAGAAAUCAAGAUGAUGGGCCACUGUAGCUGCCAAUCAAAGAAUGCUUAGCCACAGAGAGAUUAUAGUGGCCAGAGUUAAUGACAUAAUCAAACACUGCCUGCCUGUGACACAAACGUUCAUAAGUGCUCGCUGCCUAAAGUAAUUUGAAAUGGAAGGCAACAGUAGAGCACCAGCCAAAUGUGGGAAGUUGUGUGGCCCAGUUUGACAUUGUGCUUCGAUAGACAGUUCCUUAUAACCUACAUAAUACUCACUGAGAUUGUGUCUAAUCACCUCUAACUGUCACCUCUAUCAAAAUUCUCUCUAUUCACCUCUAUCAAAAUCCCCACUGUUCUGUGUGUGUAAUCUCUCGUGGACAGACGCACGUAACAUAGCUGGUAUUGUAGUGUCUGUGGGAUGCGACGACUAUCAAGGAACUGAAAACAUGAAACAUCACUGAUCAUUUUGGACAAAUCACAAUUUCGCAUCUUUUGAAUUUCGGAAGGGGAGGGGACAUUUGGCCCAUAGACUUGCCUGUAACUUGCAAAGGGGGGUGGAGCUACUGUCCUGCUUCCACUGCUUGCUCUAGUCUAUUUUCAAACACAUCUUCCCCCAGAAAAUAAUUGAGUAUCUAACGCAAUUACGCAAGAUUGUAAUUCUGGAUUUCCAAGAUUAUUCUGUAUGUGACAAAAAGAUGUCAAAAAGGUCAAAGGUCGGCCUAAUGGAUCUGACAACCUGUCUGACAACCUGUCUGAUAUCAAGUGCGUUCAUGGUAAUAAAGCUAUGCCAUUUUACUGGAUCUUUUUUCAAGCCAAAUAGGAAAAAAGGAGGUCCAUACCAAAGACUUGGAUAUUUCAGUUCUUUGUCGUUAUACACUGAACAAAAAUAUAAAUGCAAAAUGUAAAGUGUUGGUCCCAUGUUUCAUGAGUUGAAAUGAAAGAUCUCGGAAAUGUACCAUUCACAUAAAAAAAUCAUAUUUCUCUCUAAUUUGGUGCACAAAUUUGUUUUACGUCCCUGUUAGUGAGCAUUUCUCUUUUGGCAAGAUAAUCCAUCCACCUGACAGGUGUGGCAUAUCAAGAAGAUGAUUAAACAGCAUGGUCAUUACACAGGUGCACCUUGUGCUAGGGACAAUAAAAGGCCACACUAAAAUGUGCAGUUUUGUCACACAACGCAAUGCCACAGAUGUCUCAAAUUUUGAGGGAGCAUGCAAUUGGCCUGCUGACUGCAGGAAUGUCCACCAGAGCUGUUUCCAGAGAAUUCAAUGUUAAUUUCUCUACCAUAAGCUGCCUCCAACAUUGUUUUAGAGAAAUUGGCAGGACGUCUAACCGGCCUCACAACCGCAGACCACGUGUAACCACGCCAGCCCAAGACCUCCAUAUCUGGCUUCUACACCUGCAGUAUCAUCUGAGACCAGCCACCCGGACAGCUGAUGAAAGUGUGGGCAUGCACAUCCAAAGACUUUCUGCACAAACUGUCAGAAACCGUCUCGGAAGCUCAUCCGCAAGCUCAUCGUCCCCACCAGAGUCUUGACCUGACAGCAGUUCGGUGUUGUAACAGACUUCAGUGUGCAAAAGCUCACCUUCGAUGGCCACUGGCAUACUGGAGAACUGUGCUCUUCCCGGAUCCCGGUUUCAACUGUACAAGGCAGAUGGCAGAAAGUGUGUAUGGCGUUAUGUGGGCGUGCGGUUUGCUGAUGUCAAUGUUGGGGGGUUAUGGUAUGGCGGUGGGAUUAUGGUAUGGGCAGGUGGCGGUGGUGUUAUAGUAUGGGCAGGCAUAAGCUACGGACAACAAACACAAGUGCAUUUUAUCUAUGGCAGUUUGCAUGCACAGAGAUACCGUGACGAGAUUCUGAUGCCCAUUGUUGUGCCAUUCAUCCACCGCCAUCACCUCAUGUUUCAGCAUGAUAAUGCACAGCCCCAUGUCGCAAGGAUCUGUACACAAUUCCUGGAAGCUGAAAAUGACCCAGUUCUUCCAUGACCUGCAUAUUUACCAGAGAUGUCAUCCAUGGAGCAUGUUUAGGAUGCUCUGGAUUGACGUGCACGACAGUGUGUUCCAGUUCUCGCCAAUAUCCAGCAACUUUGCACAGCCAUUGAAGAGGAGUGGGACAACAUUUCACAGGCCACAAUCAACAGCCUGAUCAACUCUAUGCAAAGGAGAUGUGUCAUGCUGCAUGAGCCAAAUGGUGGUCACACUAGAUACUGACUGGUUUUCUGAUCCACUCCCCUACUUUUUUAAAGGUAUCUGUGACCAACAGAUGCAUAUCUGUAUUCCCAGUCAUGUAAAAUAAAUAGAUUAGGGCCUAAUUAAUUUAUUUCAAUUGACUGAUUUCCUUAUAUGAACUGUAACUGUAAAAUCAUAGAAAUUGUUGCGUGCUGCAUUUAUAUUUUUGUUUAGUGUAUUUACAAAAGCCAAUCAUGGUUGAGCAUGGUUGUUCAUCGAAUCAUGAAUUUGAUUGAAGUCUGAGAUGUUCUACUGUAGAAUCUAAUCACUCGAUGAAGUCAUGUCAUUCAGAUGGAUAGAAGUUUAUCAUGGAUAUAUAUUUUUUGAGGUGAUUAAAGAACUGGAGGUAUGCCAUUGGGAUGAACAGUACUGUAUGUGUGCCUGUGGCUGUGGGUAUCAGUCUCCUUUCAUUUCCUCAGUCUCUGUCUACAGUCUAACUGAAGUUAAUAACCUUUUACUUUUCUGUUCUGAUCUGAAAUAGAGAAAAUGCAUUCUGUGUGAGACACAUGACUACUGCAUACUUGUCCUUCCUCUGAUUGUGGGAAAAGCCAUGGGGCCACAAAUGUAUUUUUGUAUCACUCUGUGCAUAUGAUGUAAUUUGAUUUCCUAAUGAUUUCUUUAGACUGUAUUAAGAGAAUAAAUGUUUAGAUGACAUCAGA